UAACAGACGUUAACGCACAGAAGAGACGACUCUGACACGAUCAACGCAGACAGAGAAACGGAAAUGGAGACCGGUGCUGUCUUCGCGGGGAUUCAAUCUACCCUCACUCAUCUUCUCCGUUCAUCUCCGAUCGCUAUUAAGCUUUUCCAUCCUUCCUUCAAUGGAAGAACACAGUAUUGUCCCCUGCCUCUCAAGCUUCAAAAGCAGUCACGCCUUCUUGCUUCUUAUAGAAAUGACAGCAGUGAUUAUAAUGAGGGUACGAUUCUUCGAGUGGACUCUCACGCAAGCAAUGCAACACCUGAAUUAGCUGACAUUGACUGGGACAACCUUGGAUUUAGCCUUUUGCCCACUGAUUAUAUGUAUAUCAUGAAAUGUUCUCAAGGUGAAAGCUUUAGUAAAGGUGAAUUGCUGCGUUUUGGGAACAUAGAAUUGAACCCAUCAUCAGGGAUAUUAAACUAUGGUCAGGGAUUGCUUGAAGGUUUAAAAGCUUAUCGAAAAGGUGAUGGUAAAAUUUUGUUGUUUCAACCCAAGGAAAAUGCUUUGCGCUUGAAGAUAGGUGCGGAACGCAUGUGCAUGCCUUCACCGACUGUUGAACAGUUUAUGGAAGCAGUAAAAUUAACCGUUUUAGCAAAUGAGAGAUGGAUUCCUCCACCGGGUAAAGGCUCAUUAUAUAUAAGACCGCUGCUUAUGGGAAGUGGACCUGUUCUUGGUCUUGCUCCAGCUCCUGAGUUUACAUUUUUAAUAUAUGCAUCGCCAGUGGGUAAUUACUUCAAGGAAGGUUUGGCACCAAUAAAUCUGAUAGUUGAGACUGAAAUGCAUCGUGCAACCCCUGGUGGUUCAGGGAAUGUCAAGACUAUAGGAAAUUAUGCUCCGGUCCUGAAGGCACAGAGUGUUGCGAAAGCAAAAGGGUAUUCUGAUGUUCUGUAUCUUGAUAGUGUUCACAACAAAUAUCUGGAAGAGGUUUCUUCUUGCAAUAUUUUCAUUGUGAAGGGCAAUACGAUAGCAACUCCUGCUUUAAAGGGGACCAUCCUGCCUGGUAUUACACGGAAGAGCAUAAUUGAUGUAGCUUCCAGCCUAGGCUUCCAGGUCGAAGAACGGUCUGUGUCAGUGGAGGAAUUGUUCGAGGCUGAUGAAGUUUUCUGUACCGGGACUGCUGUCGUUGUAUCACCAGUGGGCAGCAUAACCUAUCUUGGCAAAAGGAUAGCGUACGGGAGUAAUGGCAGCGUUGGUAUCGUGUCGCGACAACUAUACUCAGCACUCACUAGUCUUCAGAUGGGAGUUACAGAAGAUAAAAUGGGAUGGAUUGUUGAACUGAACUGAAGUAAGAGCUCAGACUCAUAAGAUACAAGCUAAGCUCUGCCCUUUUCUUUUAAAUGUCAAGAGUACUAUAGUAGUGAUCUAUACGAUGCAUACAUCCCGAGUAUUGCGUAGACGAUACUACAUGCGCUCAAAUUUGUACCGAAUACUAACACGAUGGGACAGAACUAGUCGUCUCAACUUCCCAAAAGUUGAUAGGACAAUCUUAUCUCAUCACAUUAGCGCUCGAUACAAAUAUGAGUGCAACCCUAGCAAAUAAGCCUCUCAUGCAUGCAAAAACAUAUAGAAAAAAAAAUAGAUUCGCCGCCUCUGUUUCUUCUGAAUUGGUUCCUUCUGCUGCGUCUUUAGUUAAACAUGUUCAAACAUGAUUCUCCAUAAAAGGGUGGGAAAUGUUCUGAUCUGAGAGCAAAUAAACAACAAUAUCAGAGGAUUGAAUAGAUGCAAAAGUAUAUUAAAGACAUUUUUAUAUUAAUUUAUUUUAGUAGGUCUAACAACUAUGUAGGGCCUUUUGUAACCAUCAAUCCCACUGAUCACAUGUCCAGUGUUCUAUUGGUUGAAAAUAAUGAGUGAUUUGUACUUUCACGUCAA